AGGCUACAACCAGUCAGGGAGGCCACUGAGUCUCCCACAUCCCUAGACCACCAGUUUCGGGAGUGCCAUGGGACAGCUGAUAGCCAAACUGAUGCGAAUCUUUGGGAGCCAGGAGCACAAAGUCAUCAUCGUGGGACUGGACAAUGCAGGAAAGACCACCAUUCUCUACCAGUUUAAAGUAUCUGAUGGUCCUCACUCGGAUCUACAUGGUUCUUCACAACUCCCACAAUUCCAGUGUGGUCCACAGAUCAGAAGCCUCUAAGAUUGUUCUCUGGGGUCACAGGCCAGGCCACACUUGGACCAACUCACAUCUUUUCGUACACCAGUCACAGGACUUUGGCUGCUUGACCAAUGAGGUGGUUCACACAUGUUCCACCAUUGGGAGCAACGUGGAAGAAAUUGUUCUUCAGAAGACCCGCUUCCUCAUGUGGGACUUAGGGGGCCAGGAGGUUCUGCGCUCCUCCUGGGACACUUACUACUCCAGUACAGAGUUUGUCAUCCUUGUGAUCGACAGUACAGACCGGAAUCGGCUGCUGACCACCCGGGAGGAGCUGUAUAAGAUGCUGGCCCAUGAGGGAGGACCAUUAGAUGGGGGUGGUGGCUCUUACAUGCAACCUGGACAGCUGAGGCUGAUGGCUAUGAGGUUGAAGCCAGCCUGGGCUUCACAUAGAGCUCCAGGCCAGCCUGGGCUACAGAGUAAGAUUCUGUUUGGCACUUCAAGAUGCCUCAGUCCUGAUCUUUGCCAACAAGCAGGAUGUGAAAGACUCCAUGAGCACAGCGGAGAUCUCCCAGUCCCUCACACUCAGUGCCAUCAAGGACCACCCGUGGCAUAUCCAGGGCUGCUGUGCCCUCACCGGAGAAGGGCUGCCAGCUGGACUUCAGUGGAUGCAGUCUCAGGCCACAGCCAACUGAAGUUGCCGCCUGAGGCCUACCAGAAGAAGCAUGGUUGGCACUGGUGAGACACCCGGCCAUUUGCUGGUGGAAGCGGGGUGUCUGGCUAUGGACAGAGAGACUGCCUCCGGCCUCUCAUUUGUCACUGAGGAGCUGGAUCAAAGACUUCAAGAUGGUGCAGACAGAGCCACAGAUGAAACUGUCUCCCACUCCAUCACUGAAGGUGUGAGGAGACAUGGGGAACCUGCUGGGUGUGUUGGGGGACCCCCUCCCAGCCUUCACCUUCUGUUUGCCCAGAAAGCAAGAGAUUUUUAACAUUGGGCCAUAUCCAUUGGACAAAGGAGAUUCCAAUAAAGGAGCCAACAGGACCGGGCCAAAACUUGCCUGGUGUGGUGAGAUAGAUUGGCGGAGGAUGGGGAGGACAGAACCUUCCAGACAGAGGCAAUCCUCCACACUGCAGGAAUCGAUGCUCUCCCAUCCCUGUCUCCUUUCUGCUCCCUCUGGGGUGCUAACUCAGACCCCAGCUUUUGGGGUCUAAGUCACCACGUGGAGUCUCUCAGUGUUCUUCCAGUGUGAGUCCUUCCUCCUCUCCAAUGUCAAAGUUUUCUCCAGGACCUACUUAUUUGUCUUCGGGUCAUGAUUUUUUUUUAAAAAAAAAA